AUGCCUCCACCAGAUUCUUCGUCUACGUUCGAUCUACUCGUACAUCCAGACGCACUCUACUUGUACAAGCUCGCUCCCUCUGCAUCUACCUCUUCUUUUCUUUCUUCUCUCAUCUCUGACGAUGCAUCCGCCACUGACCAGCGCACUCCGCCACAGGCACGAUUCCGGUCAAUCAUCUGGACAAGCAGCGAGAUAUCGCUCGUAACAGACACAAAGCCCCCAGAGAAUCUUCAGCUUGACUCAGAUAGCGUAGUAGAGUACGCUGCGCUCCGUAUCCGUGGACCCAUGGAUCUUUCACUGACUGGUAUUCUGUACACUCUCCUCGAGCCCCUGAAAGCCGCUGGCAUCCCAAUCUUUACCCUUUCCACAUGGAAUACCGACUAUGUUUUGGUGCCCCUCGAGCGAAAAGAGAGGGCCCUCCACGUGCUCGAGGACGACGCAUGGCGCAUCAUUAUAAUGCAGGAACAAUUCACAGCAUAG